AUGCAGGACAUUAUUGACCAUUUACCCAAAUUGCCUGAAAUCCAACAACAAAAACUAACCAUUCCCGAAUUUGACGAAAUAGAAGUCAAAGCAACUGACUCAGUAGAAAUAAAGAAGUUCAUACGAAAGGUAAAUUAUGAAUUCCUUGGUUUUCAUUGCAACCAUAAGGUUAUGGACAAAGAUUGCGACAUGGUAUAUAAGAACAUCUCUGACCUUUACAAAUCCGAAGAAUUUAAGACCUACGACAACUUUGUUUCAUUAGUUGCAAAAUGUGUUUGGGAAAUAAGAGAUAAAGAUAGUAGGGGUAAGGUAUGGAACGAACAAAUAAGACCCGCUAUGUUCGAGAUGAAGAAAACCAUUGACGCCUUGGUUGUUUUAGCAGGUAAGGUUUCAGAAUAUAACGCAAAAAUGAACCCGCAAUGUUCAAAAUGUAAAGCAGCAAUGAGGAAAUAUAACUACUCCGUCAAAGAGAUAGAACGUAUGCGAAACGACUAUGCAGAUUUAAAGAAAGAAGCAGAAAAACCAGCAGAAGAUAAAAUGAACAUGUUAGAAUUUCUGAACAAAAACUAUCCAACUGCUGACGAUUUCCUUCUAUCUGACGUCAAGAAGAAGUAUAAAGAAACUUUCGGUAUCGUUAAAACUUUUGACAUACUGACAGAAGAAAUAGAAGCUACGAAAUUGUUUAGAGUCAUGAACCAUCGCAACAUAUACCAUGUAAAACGCUUGUAA